AUGUAUCCCAAUGGACAUUUCGAGAACACCCGUGCAGCACCAAAACCACCCCCACCCAAACCCACCACCGAGCGCAACCUUUUCCCCGACACCAACCCCAACAUGCCGGGCAACAUGGUCGGCCGGAGUAUGCAGUCGUCUGCUUUCAACAACGGCUCGCAAAUGUCGCUUGUACGCACACAGUCCGAGAGAAGCGUCUCGACAACGGCCACAGUCAAAGAGGGCAUGGUCAAGGUCAAGGAUGCAAACGUGUUCAGAAGUAUGAUUUGGGCCGAGCGGUGGCUGGUACUGCGCGAAUUCGAGCUGAACUUUUUCAAGAGCCCUAAUGCCUCCAAAGCAUCAACCACGAUUCAACUACGAGACAUCCUCGGCGUGGAGCGAUCAGACACGCAGCCUUUGUCCUUUGAAAUCACCAAGGCUGCCAACGCCAGCAAGGGCUCGUCCCCGCCCCGCGAUGGCCCUACAAAGAUCAUUACAUGCAAGGUCGAGACUGACGAUGACGUCUACUCGUGGAUCGACAGCAUCUACCAGCGCUGUCCCAGCAUGGGCGGUGUCAGCAACCCCACCAACUUCACCCACAGAGUGCACGUAGGCUUCGACCCUAACAGCGGAGCGUUCGUCGGUCUGCCGGUAGAAUGGGAGAAGCUUCUCACCGCAUCUGCUUUAACUAAAGACGACUACGCGAAGAACCCCAAGGCUGUUUUGGAAGUUUUGGAGUUCUACACCGAAAAGCUUGUCAAGCGCUCCGAGGACCCUCAGCAAUACCCGAGUCUCACUCCGACCCCGCCAACAAAUGCUGGAAUGGAGAAACAGCUUGGAUACGGUGGCAGCGGCAAUUCUGUUGCGCCUCCGCGCCCUGCACCGCCUGGCAAUUAUCAGCGAAAAGACAGCUACAGUCAAGGCUAUGGCGGUCAACAAAACUCGGCUUCGCAGCAACAAAACCGCUACGAACAGGAUCGCUACGAACAAGAUCGCUACGAACAGGACAGGAGGAGGCAAGAGGACCAGGUCAGGGCACAGCGCGAACGCGAACUCCAGCGGCAGAGGCAGGAGUACGAGCACCAACAAAGGCUGCAGGCUGAAGCUGAAGCUGAUUGGGAGAACGAUAUUCCAAAGAAGGUUACUCCAGCGGCGAAACAAGAAAUUGGCGGAGGCGGCUAUUCGCGAGAUCAGAGCCCGUCAGGCCAGAGGUACAACCCCAGCCGCCCUGCGCCAUCCACUCCCGGUGCAAGAGGCCCACAGCAGCAGCCCCCGCGGCAGCCAGUCGCACAGCGUCCAGCACCUUCUGCACCUCAGCAACAGAAUGGUGGCUACAGCACAUCUCCUUCCAAAGCGCAGUCAACUCAGCAACGACCACCCAUGGCCUCGAAGAAUUCGAGUGGCCAGGUUCCCAGGGUUGCUAAUGGUCAAAACCAACAGCAAAAGCAAUACCAGCCAGGUGCUGCACCCAAGCCGUUGAACGUUGCUAAGCCUCAGAAUGCUCCUGUCAGUGAUGCAGUGAAGAAGGCCGAGCAGGCCCUUACUGCUAAGCCCAAGGAGGAGCCAGCACGGAAGGAUGUGCGCAUGUCCAGCAUGUCCGAAGGCGAGGUCAUGGCGAAGCUCCGGGAGGUCGUAUCCAAAGAACGGCCACUGGACUCGUACAACAAGCAAAAGAAGAUUGGUCAAGGUGCUAGUGGUUCCGUGUAUGUUGCUCGCAUCCGUGAAGGUGCCACUUCGCCCAUGGCCCGAAGGGUUAUGCAAGAAAAUGGCCCACGUGCACAGGUCGCUAUCAAGCAAAUGGAUCUCCGCAACCAGCCACGCAAAGAACUUAUCGUAAACGAGAUUAUCGUCAUGAAGGACAGCAAACACCCCAACAUCGUCAACUUCUUGGACGCGUUCUUGCAAGAGGAGCAGUCCGAGCUCUGGGUCGUCAUGGAGUUCAUGGAGGGAGGUGCUUUGACCGACAUCAUUGACAACAACCCUUCCAUUAGCGAAGACCAGAUCGCGACGAUUUGCUUCGAGACCUGCAAGGGACUUGAGUACCUUCAUAACUUGAACAUCAUCCACCGAGACAUCAAGAGUGACAAUGUCUUGCUCGAUGGCCGUGGCAAUGUCAAGAUCACCGACUUUGGUUUCAGUGCGAAGCUCACCGAGCAGCGCAGCAAGCGUGCGACUAUGGUUGGAACUCCAUACUGGAUGGCCCCUGAAGUCGUCAAGCAAAAAGAGUAUGGCAACAAGGUCGAUAUCUGGUCUUUGGGUAUCAUGGCCAUUGAGAUGAUCGAGUCUGAACCACCGUACCUGAAUGAGGAACCGCUCAAGGCUUUGUAUCUCAUUGCCACCAAUGGCACUCCUCGUCUCAAGAAGCCAGACAAGCUCUCGAAGGAGCUCAAGGCUUUCUUGUCGGUCUGCCUUUGCGUCGACGUAAAGUCCCGAGCGAGUGCCGGAGAGCUGAUCAGCCACGACUUCCUCAAGAGCGGAUGCAGCCUAGCGAGCCUAUCUCAGUUGCUUAACUUCAGGAAGAACGGCGGCCACUAA